AUGGUGGGACCAGCAGCCCCGGAGGAGCUGCUCUCGGCGACGGGGAGAACGCGGAACCGGCCACAGUUCCACCCAGGAACAGAGCGGUUCGCGGUUGCCGUGGCAACGUCUUUUCUUGGCCUCCUCCGCUCGGAGCAGCAGCCCCGCCGCCAUCAUUGGCCCGAAGAGGCUGCCGAGGCCACGCCCUCGCUGCGCUGCGCUUUGACUUGGCGGCUGGGCUUUUCCGCCAAGGGCGGGGUUGAGGUUUAGCCAUGCGGGGUUAGGGACUUCCCGGCUCCUCCCCACCCCACCCCCGAACCCGGGAAUCAGCAUUCACACGUUAAUUCAAAGGUGAGGGAGGAGUGGGCAUGAAUGGUGUGCGGGCAACGGAAGGGCGUCUGUGGCACUGAAAGGCGGGUAGGCAGAAAUGGGCGGGGGGGGGGGAGACCAGGUGCAGCUCUCCAGGAACGUGGGAAUAAGUGCCUCUUGGCUCCUGACACGUAUGUUUGUGACAUUUACCGAGCCUUGUUGCUCUGGCAGGGUGCUGGUGUUUAUAAUGGGAUAGGUGCUCCUCAUACCCGCCGUUUGUUUGUUUUUUUGAUUCUCUUUUGCAGCAUCCACAUGACGUCGUUGGCAUCAAAAUGUCAGCCUGUGAUUCCUUCCCAUUUAAUCCAGGCCUACUUUUUUCCCCUGAGGAAAAUCCUGUGCGUCCUUUGUUUUUAAACAACUUGUUGUCAACCUGUUUGCUAUACCUCAUUUUCAGUAUUAAGCCCUCGUUUGGAAGUGCCCAAGCUUGGCAGUUCAGGGUAAACUCAGUGGUGCGGUUAAAUAAUUUUAGUUUCUGGCUAUAAUGGUGUGGGGGGGGGGGAGUUGAUAAAGCGUAUUAUUACUUUACUAACUUCAAAAUAUGGUUAUCCAGUACAGUACUGCUGUAUUUGGGGGUGCUUCUCAUUCUGUUAAAUAGUGCCCUGGAAUUAAUUCCCCAGAUGAUACCACUGGGCAAACCUUUGCAUUGGGGCUGGAGGUGGGAAAAACAUUCCAGGGGCCACAAUCACUUUCCAAGGGCCAUAUCCAAGUGGUUGGUGGGGCCAGAGGCCUUUCCAUCAUCCAUCCAGACAGGCAAAUAUGCUGAGGUUGUAAAGCAGGGCCUGGGGAGAGUUUAUAGACCUGGAGGACCAGUAUUGGCCCCUGGGCCUAUAGUUCCCAAACACGGCUUUGUGUAUGUGUUUGUGUGCACAUUGUCGCAUUUGGGGUGCUGGAGAUGCUUACAUAGUGCAUUUGAGGCGAGGUCCAGCUUUCUCCCCAUGCACGGGACUUGUCAGUAUGCUAGUUUGCCUCCAUGCAUUCCUCCUUAUCCGAAAACAACUGUUGAACCUUUAUCAAAUGUCUGAAAUAGCAUUUUAAUGGGAAUGCUGACUGUCUUACAGCCUGAGGGCUGAGAAAAACUGUGAUUGCUUAAGUUCUUCCUAGAAUAUGCCUCUCAUUCCAGAAGAUUUCUUUUCUACAGUACAGUACUCUGAAAUGAAGGCCAAAACUCUAGAAGUGUCCCUCACUUUGAAAUUUUGAAUGGUACCUGGUUGUAGCUGAAUAAUUUAAGUGAUACCUGGUUGUAGCUGAAUAAAUAAUAAGUGCACAGAAUGAGUGUGGGCUGAAACUCUUCAUCCUUUGCUUUUACAGUCAUCCUUGUCAAAUGUGACCUUUAUUGGCAACACUAUUGAUUUACUUUUGCCUAGCAAAACAAGAAAGUGUUUGUGGUGCUCCUUGAUUGCUUAUUGGCAGAUUAAGAGCAACAUAGGUUCUUGCUGUCUGUUAAUAUUUCUUUUCCUUUUUCCCAUCCUUUGUUUUUACAGCUGUUAUGAUUUCCUCAAGUGGGUUCUGGGGGAUCGGAAAUUGUUUCCCAUUUUUAAUAGCUCUGUCUUAUACAGACAGGGCACAAGGAUAGGCAAGCUUUAUUGCCCCUUUUCAUUCUGGUCAGGGAGGCUGUGAAGAUGAUACAUCUCAGCAAAAUGUUUGAUUUUCAAAGUGAUACAUUUCCUACAUUGCUGAGGAAAAUAAAUCUUAACACACAGCAAAACCACAUACUGGGUUGUCCAUAAUCUGCCAGUAAGCAGAGAAGGAAGCAUCAGACACAUACUAUUGUUUUGCAGAAAUAGAUCAAUAGGUAUUGUCAAUAAUCAGCUCAUGAGUAGAAUCAGUUAACAACUAGAAUUCAAAACUUAUGGAGAAGUAAUUCACUGUAUCUUCAUAACAUGUCACACUGCUUUUGGCUCACGCUGACAAAAAAUUAUGUUGCUUCAUCAGUAAUGGCCCUCCACUCCACACGUAAACUGCCUGGCAGAGGGCACAGAUGACUCUUUGUCUUUGACAGAAUUUGUGCAGUUGAUAUGCACAGUGAAAGCAACAUUUCCCUCUCUUCAUUGUCCUACAUAAGCCCAGUGUAUUGUUGAUGUUCCCUUAGCAUUAUUCAAGACCUUUGCUUUCAACAUUGAAAAUGAGUGGCUUACGUCUGUGAAAUCUGGGACCUCACCCGCAGAAGCCAUAGCAGGAGGAAUAUGAAAGGAGAGUGGCCCACGUACCGAUUAUUAGUAGAAGUGGAUAAAGAUGAGCCAACUUUGAAGAAAUAUGAUGAAAUCAAAAACCACCUGUCAGAUUGGCUCCAAUAUUUUCAGUUAAAUCAAAGAUUGUGCAUAGAUAAGAAAGAAGGUCUUGCAAAAGAAAUAUCCAAAUUCGAAAAAGAGUUAACUCACAAUAAAGGAAAACACAUUUCACGAAUUUACGACUAUUAGAAUGGGAAGUAAAAGAGGAACAAGUUAAAGUAGUAAUGGUAAGGUGGGCGCAGGACCUUGUAUACAAUAUCUACAUGGAACAAUGGGAAAGAUUAUGGAGGACAGAUAUUAAAUUCAUGGCACCAUAGGGAAAACACUAUGAAGAUGCUAUACAGAUGGCACCACACCCCUUUAAAACUCGCUAAAAUGUAUAAAGGCAGGUCGCCAACAUGCUGGAGAUGCAAAAAGGACAUAGGGUCAUAUUUUCAUAUCUAGUGGAACUGUGUAGUUAUCCGUGAAUUUUGAAAUAACAUCUAUAGUGAACGUAAAAAACUAUUCAAAUUUACAUUUGAAAAAAGACCAGAAAUCUUCCUAUUAGGUAUACUACCAAUAGAAUUCUAAAAAUAUAUAAGACCAUUGUUUAUGUAUGCAAUCACAGCAGCCAGAAUAAUAGUGGUAAGAAACUGGAAAAAUGAAAUCCUACCAAUGAUUACAAAGUGGCAGACUUAUGAUAGAAUACCUGCAACUAGCAAAACUGACGGGAAGAAUCAGAGGAGUGUCAAACCAGAAGGUGUACGGAGAAUGGAAAAUAUUCAAAGAAUAACUAAAAUUGCAUUGUACAAACAACAAGAUACUUACAGAACUAGAUUGAUACUUGUAAGCAAAAAGUGUAUUAGAUACCAUAUCGGAUUACAUAUAUAUAUAUAUAUAAAAUGAAAUAACAUAAGUCUGUGCAAGAAAAUAUAGACAAUACUGUAUAAGCAGUAUAAUGAAAAUUAUUGGAAGUUUUACAUUUUAACCUGUUAUUUAAUUGUAAUAUACUGUAUUUUUUUCUUUUACUUUAUUUUUUUUCUUUAUUUGUAUUGCUUUUGCUUUGUAUGAUUUGUUAUUUAUGUAUAUAUGUCUAUGUGGGAAAUUAAUAAAGAUUAUUUUAAAAAAGAAAAAAAAUCUGAGAAAGCUGACAUAGGACUGUAGGAAACUGCCUUAUACCGAGUCAGAUUGUUGGCACAUCUAUUCUAGCUUAAUAUUAUCUAUACACUGAUUGACAGUGUCUCUUCAGGAUUUCAGAUGGAGUAUUUCCCAUUCUUAAGGCGAUGCCUGUAAUCUUUUGCAUAUAAGGCAGAUGCUGUACUACUGAGCUUUCCAAAAGGAUGGGAAGAAGGUCCAUUCUGUGAUUUUUCUCUCUUAUGGUAAAUAAUGAUGCAGUGUUUCAUCAUGAAAGUCCAGCAAUGAUUUGAAGUCUUAUUUUCACUACAUUUUUGUGGCAAUAACAUGGACUCUAGUCCAAUAAGGUUAUACCAUAAUAAAUUUGUAAGUCUUUAAAGUGCCACUAAACUAUUGGUUGGCUUUGGUGGAAGAGACUUAACACAUUUAUCCCUCUGGAAAUUAGAAGCUGUUUAUCUGUAUCAAUGGCUACCCACAGUUAUUUUUUGGGAAUCUGCAGAAAAGAUUAAAUGGGAGAAUGAAGAUUUCAGAAUCAAAGUCCCGAUUAUAAUAAUUCCAAAGCAAUCAGCAGCAUCUUCUAUGUGGAACAUUGCUCUUGAGUCUGCUUAUUUUUGGCUGCCUGCAGCAACAUUACUUGUGUCAAAAUGACUGACAAUGGAAACAACUACCUCACUAUAUGGGUUGAUCAAGGAUAAACUUCGCCAGGAAGAUGUAUAGUAGUGAUGUUUUCAUCAAUUUCUCAGAAUCUGUGUAGUUGGUGGGCAGCCACGCUCAGGGGCUCUUGUGCCAUCCAAGAAGGCCUGAGUUGUUUUUGAUACACAUCCUACAUAGCAUCAAAAAGCAAGAGCAAAUUAUAAUUGUAACUGUGCAUAGCGAAAUUAUAAUAAACAGAUAAUCUGGAGAUUUAUGCUUUGUUCACUUAUAAACCUAUUAGGUGAUACAUAGGGCAGUAAUAGAACUCACACAUCCUAUGCUUAAAAUGGAAAAAUGCCUCUGAGUUGGAAAAGGGUUAUUUCAUUAUAUAACAAAUACUACUUAGUCAAAGUGAUUGGUGCCAUGAAACACCUAAAAAACCCACAGGAUUCUGGGGUUCUAAUGCCUCCUUUUUGUUUGUGACAAGAGCUGCAGUCAAAGUUGCCAUAGAGUUCAAACAGUUGAUUUUUAUGUGUUUUACAGUCUGUGGAGGGGAAAAAAAAGGCCUGGUUUCAGGAGAUUAUGUCCGAAGAUUCAGAUAAGGACAAGCAGCGCAUAGAACAAAUAACCAGUGAUGAUUACAAUUCGGUAUGCUCAGUCUUCGGUUUUAUACAUUAUUCUAGAAGAUAUUAUCUAUUUCUUGUAAUGUUUUAUUCGUUAAAGAAAAUUUAGUUUUCCAUCCCUGAAUGGGAAUAUCUUAUUUCUGUGCAUGCCAGAGGAAACAUGGUCUAGCUGGUGUGCUGUGGUGGUUAAAAUGUUAAACCUAGAAGACCAGGGUUCAAAUUCCGAUGUAGCCAUGGGUGGCCUUGGGCCAGUCUCUCAACCUAAUGUACCUCACAGUGUUGUUGUGAAGAUGAAAUAGAGAGAAGGGAAACCAUGUACUUCAUUCCAAGUAUUGAUUUUCACCACUGACUACUAAGGAGCAUUUAUAAUCAUUCUGGCCCUAUUAAUCUUCUCACAUGUUUCCAGAUUUACAGCAGGAUAUUAUGCAGUGAGCAGUUAACAUAAUUCAUUGGACUCAUGCACAACAGAUUCAGCAGAAGUUUAGAAGUCUAUACAGACUUUGGUGGUGGGGGGAAACCAACUCAUUUAUCUGACUUACAAGGGAGGCAUUACUUACAUCUUUGCUAACAAUCCAACAAUUCUUGCUAUACUGUUUAUUAAACUGUUUAUUUAAGGUCUCUAAUGGCGUGUCUAUUUUUCAUAUUUUAAAGCCUGCAAUCUGUUCUCUUUCAUGAUGAUACCCUCUUGAUUUCAUUUGCACUGUAGUACAAAGUUAGCAAAAAUAAACAAUUCAAUUAUUUCUUUAUUUAGAAUCAUAAUGGUCUCUGUUAUUGAGUGCACAGUGUCCCAUUUCAGAUAUUUUUGUCCACUUUCUGUGUGCAAGAAACACGUGACCUUACUUUCUGUUGUAUUUUUCUGUUGUUUUUUUAGGACGAAGAUCCCUUUAACCCAUUUUUAACAGAAGAUCUUGAGCGGUGUGCCUUUUAUGCAGGUCUGAAUAUUGUUGUUCAUUGUCAAACUAGUGAAUUGAAAUGCAUUUGGGUAAGAGUAGAGAAGAAUUAGCGGCUAGGUGGAACACAGCAAAGUUCUGGCAUGCAUAGUGUUGCAAAAAAAGUCUAAAGAAAUCAUGUUUAGUGUCAGACAUGAGGAUAACUCGCUGUCAAAAUCUAGUAGUGAAAUAAUAUCAAUAUUUAUAUGUGGCAAUAAUCUUUUUGUGAUCUGUACAGGCGACUCCCCGCUUAUGCAGUGAAAUGUGCAUAAGUGGAAGCCCCCUGGAGAGUCUUCAUGGCUUGUGAUGAGACCCUCUCCAGAGCCUGAUGAGGGUGUCAUCUUUGGGUUCUGGGGAAGGUCUCCUCAUGAGCCAGAAAGUCUUUCUAGUUCUUUCCACACUGCUGUGUCGCUGGCGCUGUGUGUGUGCGGUUGUGUGCAAGUAGAUCACACACAAGUCUGUGAUGUGAUGAUGGCAUGAGGAGAGUUCCUUGAAGCUGGAGGCAUAAAGUAGCCACCCUAAAAAGGAUAUGUGCUAAUAGAAAUGAAGAAAUAAUAGCACUUGCAAAACAGAACAAAACCACACACCCAAGUAUUUUGAAAGCAAAUUCUGCAUUUUCUUCCUUAAACAAAUUUGAUAAGGGAGCCCUGGACCAGUUUAUAAAUUACUAUAAAAACACAGUUGCUACUUUUGCAAUGUUGUGUUCUUAUACAGAUUGAUAUUUUGUUGUUUUUAAUGCCCAGCAGCUGCAAAUGAACUUUGUGUUUUAAUGAUCUUGUUAUUUUAUAGCUUGUUUGCGGUUAUUUGUAUAUGCUUGCUUUAUUGUUGCUUCUUCAUGUUCUAUAAGAUAGAAGCCCUGGGCUCCUUUUGGAGGAAAGGCAAUUCAUACAUACAGUAAAAAAAAAAAAAAUACAGUACAUGAAUCAUGUCAGAUAGGCAGGUGAGAUUAUUCUUUUCAAUUGUAUCAGACAACUUGGCUGUCUAAUUUAAGUUAUCCAAGGCAAAAUGAGUCAAUGCCUUCUCUCCCCCUCCCCUAAUCUUAUAGAUUCUUUUUAUGAUCAACUUUUGCCACGAACCACACAGAUUUUAUUGGAAUAUAACUCGGGGAAAUGGGUGCCACGGCUUCGUGAACCACGAGAUUUAUAUGGCCUGUCUCCUGCAGCUGGACACCUGAAUCUAGUACGCUGGCCCCAUGAGUAUGAAGUUAUCAGAGAGAAAAUUGAGCAUAUUGGUAAAUGAUAUUAAAAGUGUGUUCUGAUGUGAUAGUUUUGUAGCUAGUUAUUAAAGCAACAUUUUCCUAAAUUAUAAUUUCUAUAGUAAAGCAUUUUAUAAUCCUUGCUGCAGUCAGUUCUUAUAUUGAAGAAAGUGUGGAAUACAUACAGUAUUAUUUUGAAUGUUAAAAGGAAAGGACAACAGAACCUAAAUAGCCUUAUAAAUGAAUGUGCCCUUAACUUUCAUAUAGCCCCCCCUUAAUUAACAGUAUCAUUCCACCCUUUAGUUUCAUUAGUUGAAUGAGAAUAGGAUUGAGACUACAUGCAUAGGAUCCAACUGUAAUGUUUAAUAAUAGAAGAGCCCUGAUGGUUCAGACCAAAGAUAUAUCUAGUUCAGCAUCCUGUUUCCACUGGAUAGUUGCCAAUAAAGUCUGCAGUGCAGUAACAUUUGACUUCAAAACUUAUUUACGAUCUCCCUUUUUUAUACAAAUUGCCUACUUUUUAAAGAAAAGUCAACUGGGUCAACCCUCUUCAGAACACUUGUGGGUUAUUUAAUACGUCAACAAAAGAAGCUAAGCUAGAAGGUCUACUGUUAUUGAGAAGUUACUGAAAUGCAAGUGUGGGAUGUAGAACAAAUGCAAAAGGAGAUGUAGAACUGGAGGAGCACAUGGCUAAAAACAUUAAGAGCAAAAAUUAAAUACAUUAGAAGCAAGAAAUCAGAUAGGAGUCAGUAUGUUGAAUGAGAGGAGAUUUUAAAGGUAGGAGAAUACAUAAAUUUCACAGCAGCAGAAUGAAGCCGGUGCAUCUGACUUCACAAUGCAGGGCACAGAUUAGUGCUUCUGAUCUUUUUCAGGAAAAUGUCUGAGGAACUGAGGCAGAUAGUGAUCAUAAGAUAUUAAGUUAUGGGCCUUAUUUGCACAUUUUAAAAAAUUAUCAAAUCCCCAGUUCUGCAUGGUACUCAUUCAUGAGUUUCUCAAGAACUCAAAUGUGAAAAUUCCGAGCUUUUAACAAAAGUAAGUUACUCAACCCUAAAUUGACCUCAAUACCAGCCCAGCCUUUAUUCUUGUUUUAAAGAUAAUUAACAAAAGCUGGGGAAUUGUUAUGACAAUAACUUAAUCUGAUGUUACAUUUUCAAUUCCACUUGGUUUUCCAAUUGGAUAGUAGUGGUUAUUUUUAUAAGUGCAUUAUGAUACAAAUGGAUUAUUUGUGUAAUAGGAAUUAUGCUUUGAGUUGAACCUUACUCUGUCAUAGAAAUGAUCAGUGGAGAUCAGUUGUCUUAAAAAUCAUGUACUUAUGUAACUGAUAACAGACGGCCCUCCAAAAUCUUAAUUAAGUCACUAUUUGUAAUCAUGGAUGGAUACCAUGUUGUUGUCUGUUGCCCCUUUCAGCUCGAUUUCUAAAUAACUUUAGCUCCUAUACAUUAUUACCACAAGGUUGCAUUAGCCAAAAGGUUCUGUUAUUUACCAGAUAGGUUAAAAUGUGUAUAAAUAUGCUAGCAACUAAUAUAAAGCUGAGGCUCCCAAAACUAUAAAUAUUAUUUUGUACUCACAUCAAAUUUUAGCUCUUUGGCACCAUAUUUUCCAACUGUAAGUAGAAACCAAAUGUAAUUUUUUCAUAUAAGCUGACAUCUGUUAACUCUUAGCAACAGUUAGGAUCAGAUUGCUGUUCAUUUAUAAUCCAACAUGUGAAGAUGUUUUAACUUAAGGCAUAAGUAUUAACUUAAAGCAUUGGUAUUUCCAUAAUAGGACAAUUUUGAAUGCCUGCUACAAAAUGAAAAUGAAAUAUCAUAAAGAUACAGAGAUAGUCUUAAGAAAUUAAGGUCUAUCACAUAUGAAAAGAUCAUAUGUGUAAUUGUCUAUCAUAUCCUGUCCGCUUUGGUGAAGCUUCAUUUAUUUCAGUGGGGAUUUCAAGUUGAAUCAUUUUUGUGCAAGUUUUUUCUCUUGUUCCAAAGUUUGUGGUCUGAUACUGACACCUUCUGGAAAAAGCAUCCUUCUGCUCUUGAAAAAUAAUUUCAUGAGGAAAUGCUUGAGGUAUUCAUAGAACAUAAUGAAUCUGUGAACUAGAUCAGAGUAAUCCGUACCUGUGACACAUGAAGAGUGUAUAGUUCUUAUUCUUGAAUAAUGUUUCCUAUAAUGUGAACAAAAUGAUCCUUUCUUAUUUCCGGGCCUCCUAAAGGUACAGUAUACUAAAGCAAAGUAUAAUAUCUAUAGAAUCUGGGGUUUAAAGAAAUACACUUGACCAGCCAGUCACAUACAUCAGUGGUUGUUUUAAGUGGUUGUUUUCAUUAAAGAAUGAGGUCAAUUCUUUCUAAAGCAUCCUGAAGAUGGUGAUUUUAUUAUUAAUAAUAAGCAUGUAUACAUAUUAAUAUACAACAAUGUGUUUACACAAUAAUGUGUCUGUGAGAGGGGAAUUAUUGGUUUGUAAAUGUUUUUGUUUUAUUAUGUAUUUUGUGUUCUCAUUUUGUAUUUUUAUGUUAUGAACUACCCUGUGAUCUUCAGAUGAAGGGCAAUAUAAUGAACAACAAUAAGAAGAAGUGUGCAUGCACACGAAAGCUCAUACCGAUAACAAACUUAGUUGGUCUCUAAGGUGUUACUGCAAGGAAUUUUUUUAUUUUGUUUCGACUACGGCAGACCAACACGGCUACCUACCUGUAACUAGAAAUAUAGCAGAUGUUUUGUUUCACAUUUUCAUCACAACAGUGCCCAUUGCCAAAAAUAGAUGCUGAUGUUCAGUUUUUAAAUUGUCUUGUGAGUUGUCUCUUUGGCAGUGAGGAACUCUUGUAGUAACAAUAGCACAUGUAAACUUGUACGUAUUGCUUCUUUGGAUCACAGCCACUGUGUUGACAACAUACAUGCAUCUGCUAUACAAAUUAUGUAUAUAAUGUAAUAGAGAACAAGUAGCUGUCCAGAUUUCAGUGGUGCAAGGUAAUGAUUUGGUUAUAGAUAAGGCUGAAGGUUCUUCUCAUAGGCUACAAAUGAAUCUUGUUAACUUCUGGGGUGUGCAUCUCUUUUGUUUCAUCAAGAUUCUACUGUAUUGUCCAUGGCAUUUACAUCUUGAUCAUGAAAGAGGAGAUGACAGACUAUCAGCAUUUCCAUUUAAAAAAUAGAUUAAAUGUAUCUUAUCAAUAAGGGACAUGGGUGGCGCUGUGGGUUAAACCAUAGAGCCUAGGACUUGCCGAUCCGAAGGUCGCGGUUCGAAUCCCCACGAUGGGGUGAGCUCCCCUGCUCCUGCCAACCUAGCAGUUUGAAAGCACGUCAAAGUGCAACUUGAUAAAUAGGUAUCGCUCCGGCGGGAAGGUAAACGGCGAUUCUGUGCGCUGCUCUGGUUCGCCAGAAGUGGCUUAGUCAUGCUGGCCACAUGACCCGGAAGCUGUACGCCGGCUCCCUUGGGCAAUAAAGUGAGAUGAGCGCUGCAACCCCAGAGUCGGCCACGACUGGACCUCAUGGUUAGGGGUCCCUUUACCUUUUUAUCUUAUCAAUAGUAGCCAGCCACAAAGGGAUUUUUAAGGCAACACUUCCUUACUGUUUAACAAUGCAUAAAUAUAAAGCUAAUUUCAUGAUUUUUAGUUGCAUGACACGCAAUGAGUGUUUUGAAUUAACAGCUAUAAGUAAAUAUUAAUUUAUUUGCUUUGUUUUUCCAGAGUGGGUUCCCCCUCAGCCGGAGCCACUAUACAGUCCAACAUGUCUGGAGACUGAGCCUCUUUGCACAGACCCUGGAGAGGGUGCUGUGGUGUAUCUAGCAGAUGGAGGUCUGAGCACAUUUCAUUACUGAGUGCAUAAUACUUGAAGCAUAACCAUGUUUGUGAUAUUAAAUGGUUUUCAAUAGAAAAAGAUACAUAGUACUAUCUUAGAAGUUACUGAAAAAGAGAAACUGGAGAGCAAAAGACCAAGAUCUACAAUUUUUUUAAAAGUUGCAAGUAUUUAUUUAGAAUACAAACACCACUCAAAAUGCACGUGUUGAAAUAUAAUGGCAGACAGUGGUUGUUUCUGAACAAUUAACAGGCUGUUAUCCUAAAGAUAAUGUCAUGGGCAACUAGUUGCAUAUACUUUCUGGAGGCCCUUGAUGACAGAAGGCUCAUUCUGUAUGUAUAAGAAACUUAGUUAUCCAUCUGGGGCUACACUGAGCAUCAAAAUGAAGAUACAAAUACACAGUUAAGUGUGAAUGUGCAUUUGUUUUAAGCUACACACAUGUAUAGUCUGCAGCUGCAUGCAGAUCUGGUUUUUUGAAUGGGGGAGAUUAACAUGGGAGCAAGUCCUACUGAAUUCAGCAGAAUUCACAUUCGUUGACAUAAUGAGUGUAACUGUCCUCGCUCCGGCCCUCAAUUCUGCAUUCCAGAAAUCCCGAAAGCUUUAGUAAAGAGUUCUGUACACAAUCUCUGCAUCAGCUCAAGAUACAGGUUACAAGGUUAAAAGGCACAUCAACAGAGUCUAGGAUACAUGGCUAGACAUAAGUGAAGACAUUGUUCCAACACAUGUUGUGCACCUUCCACUCCGGAGCUCAUAAUUCAUGUAGUUUCCCUCCCAAGCAAGAAGACUGAGCUUGCAGGUAUGUGCUCCUGUGGGGAUGGAUCUGUUUGCACUUGUACUGUCAGUGGCAUGCUCUUGACAAUGGAACUUGAGUCCAGGCCUGCAAUCUGGUUGGCUCCAGUCAUUGACUGGCCAGCUCCUCUAUUAUUGUGGGAACCUUAACUCUCAGAAAGCAGGGUGGGGUUCCCCAUCCCCUUCCGGAACAUCUGAUAGCCCCAGGUCAGGGUCCCCCUCCACAUCAUUGCUUGAGCUUUCCCCAACCCCUUUCUCAGCCUUUUCAUCUGACCGAUUACUACCCCAUCCCGCUUGGUGGCAUGGGGCCCAUGACAGUAGCUGAUAUUUUGAGGCAAAAAUAUUAUUAUAUAACACAUAUGAAAGUUAGUGUAAGCAUUAAGAAAACACUGCAGGAGUGAACAAAGGCAGUGACACUUGCUUAAAGGGAUGCCAUAUACAGAGGCUAUAUUCAGAUGCUGGAUAUAUAAACCCAAUAGCUACCAUUUUAAACAGCUGUCUAUAUGAUGCUGAAUGCUUCUUGACCAAGUUUUAGUUUUGAAAUUCCUAAGGGAAAUCAGGCAAUUCUGCAGUGGCACUAGGACACCACCAAGUGGGUAGUCUCUGAGUGCCCCCUCCCUUCUUGCACAGAAUCUUUUUCUAAUAGUAAUUCACAACUGAAUAAUAAUUGUAUAUUUUGCUUCUCUCACUAGCUGAUAAAGAGUCCAGCUUUAUGUAUUCUCGAAUAGGGGGGAGCUUCCCCUCAAAGCAGGUGCUUCCUCAAUCAUGGGAUGACUGGGACAAUACUUUGAUCUUUGAAGCACGAUUUGAAAGUGGCAAUCUGCAAAAGGUGGUCAAAAUGUAGGUUGCUCACCAUUUCCCUUUGAUUUGCAAUAGUUGCUGGUUUCUGUCUGCAUUUGUUCUGGCGUUAAAGGGUGAUAUCCAACUAAGUAAUUACUCGAAGUAGUCACAUUGAAAUCAGUAGGUUGACUACUUAGACUGAGUAUGGAUAUCACCUGUACUCUUGUUUUGGCAGACCUGGAUUAAUAGCUUAGAAAACUUGAAAUGCAGAUAUCCAUAUACACUUGCAGGAAAGUUUGUAUUGGCUUAUUAGAAUCCCAGAAUCACACAAAGAGGACUAAUUUCUGACCACCCAGCACUUGUACAAAAUAUAGGCAGUCAGGACCACAAAAACGCUCCAAAUGUGUGAAUUGGUAUGUAAUCAUAUGUGAAUCAAAAUAAAGCAGUAAGAUAAAACAGCUAAUGAACAUAAUUGUAAAAUACAAUAUAUAUUGAAAGACAUAAGAGAAUAUAACUUAACUGCUCAUUCAAGACAUCUGAGAAUUUGAUCUAAGCUCACCAUAAGGAUCAUGUGGACUAUUUUUAAAAUACAAAUAUGUGCAUGAACAAGUUCCUUAUAAGUUUAUUAUAGGCAACAAAAUCUAUAAACAAUUUUUUGUGAAAGAAAUUUGGGUUUAAAAAGAUACAUUUGAAAUAAGAGAGAUACAGGAGCAGCAUAUAUCAUGUUUCAUAACUGUGCCUGAAUGCCCAACAGUAUAUUUUAUACUAAAAUACUUUUCUCCUUUUCCCAUGCCAGUAGUGAUUUUGAGUACCAGCUGACACUACGCACUGAUCUCUACACAAAUAAGCACACCCAGUGGUACUACUUCCAGGUCACCAACACCCAAGCAGGAAUGCCCUACCGUUUCACUAUUGUCAACUUCACCAAGCCAACAAGUUUGUAUAAUCGUGGUAUGCGUCCGUUGCUGUAUUCAGAAGCAGAAGCAAAGAUCCACAAGGUGGGGUGGCAAAGGACAGGAGAUGAAAUCAAGUAUUAUAAAAACAAUCUCGGCCAAGGUGGGCGCCAGUAUUUUUCCCUGACAUGGACGUUCCAGUUCCCGCAUGACAGGGAUACCUGCUAUUUUGCCCACUGCUAUCCUUACACUUACAGUAACCUGCAAGACUACCUAGCAAACAUUGCUGGAGACCCAAGGCGGUCCAAGUUCUGCAAGAUCCGCAUCUUGUGCCAUUCCCUGGCUAGGAACAUUGUCUAUGUUCUAACCAUCACUAACCCCUUGCAAGAUUUUCAGGAGGAAAAACGCAAGGCAGCGGUGAUUUUGACUGCCAGGGUGCACCCAGGUGAAACAAAUAGUUCCUGGGUGAUGAAGGGCUUUCUGGAUUACAUUCUGGGGGAUUCAAAUAAUGCCCAGUGGCUUCGGGACACUUUUGUUUUUAAGGUGGUACCAAUGCUGAAUCCUGAUGGUGUGAUUGUAGGCAAUUACCGCUGCUCUUUAGCAGGCAGGGACUUAAACCGCAACUAUAAAUCGGAUCUCAAGGAAUCAUUCCCUCCCAUCUGGUGUACCCGCAGCAUGAUCAAAAGGUAAAAAGGUAACACCAUCCCUCUUCUGUGUCCAGUAUCACCACUCUUUAUUCAUUAUUAUACCAAUAUUAAUUAAUACGUAAUGUGUAUUCAUCUUGUUGCAUUGAACUUAUUUUUUGUUCAAAUUUUGUUGAAAUUUUAGGUACAUCUAAAUGUUGUUUUAAUACUUUCCCUGAUUGGCAUGUAGAAGGCCUCCAGGAAAAUCAUGAGUUAGCACUCCCUGCUGCUGAGGACAGGCAAGGACAUGUGAUAAAGUUAGAAUUAUAAAACCAGCAGCAGCUUCUCAAGCCCAUCCCCACUUCCUUUCCCUGCCCAGCCUAGGAUAGAGUAUUCCUUCAGCUUCUGCUAGAAUUCUAUUCAAGACAUUUUAUCUUGUAAUUAUUAGCUUUUUCUCUAUUUGCUGAACUUUAGCUCGUUCCUUUUUUUGUUUUCACCUGUUUCCCACUGUGUCUUUUAAAAAAGAAAAGACUAAUUUAGCUGCUCUCUUUCUCUGGUUUGGCUGUCUAUCCUUCAUGGCUUCAUCAGGAAAAGCCACUUCUGCUCACUGGUUUCCCAUGGGCAUCUGGUUUGGCCGCUGUGAAAACAAGAUGCUGGACUAGAUGGGCCAUUGGCCUGAUCUAGCAGGCUAUUCUUAUGCUCUUAUAUGUAUAGAAAUGCUCUGAGGGGAUAGGGGAAACAGCCCUGUGUGUUUCAAAUAUUUAAUUUGUACAUAGAGCUAUCAGUGAUCUUACAACUCCUGACCUCUCUUGCUGCAUGGGAUCUGGCAUCAGUCCAGAACAUGAGAGCCCAUCAGGAAGUCUGAUUUUCUUUUUCUUAUGUUUGUUUUCACUCUACCUACUUCCCUGGGAAAAAACCAAACUGCAGUCAAGGUGGUUUUUGAGUUGAGGGUUUAACGGCAGGUUUGUCUGGAUCUUAAUUUGGACCAUCUGUUUUGGGCUCAGAUCUGGAAGUUAGCUUUGGGAAGUCACAUUUUCCUGAAGGCCUCCUACACACUGACCAGGAAAUGAAACUUGUUAGUCAUUGUGUGUGGGGGUUCUGGUGGGCAUGCAGGAGGUCUCCUUCUCCACCCUGGCUUAGUACAGAUGGCACCAGUCAUCACUGGUUUUUGAAUGUUUUAAAUUACCUAUUUUUAAUGGUCUUUUACUGAUAAUUUUUAUUUAAUGUAACCUUCUUUGAGGUUUUAUUAUGAUAAAGCAGAACAAACAUUUUAUUAAAUGUAAAAUGAAAUAAAAAUAAAUCAUCUUAGUCUUUGGGGGUUUGGUCCUUCCAGUUUAAACCAUGCCUUUUUCAGAGGUGUUUUUCUUUCCUUUCUGUAUGUAUGUGUGUUUGUUUGUUCCUUCAGUCGCACACUCUCUCUUUUUCUCUGUCUUUCAACAAUGUUUGGAACUUGAAAGGGGCUGAGGAAUUGGCUGUAUAAUUCUAACUUAUUCAUAUGCUCCUUCCUUCCUUCCUUCCUUCCUUUCUGGUGAUGGGUUUAACACAUUGUUUCAAUGGAAGACUCCUGCAAAGCCACUGGAAGGGAAUAUUCACAGUGAAGUAACCAGUGUUCCAUUCUAAUGAACAUAGACUGGAAAGACCAACCUCUGGAGAAGGAAGGGAAUUCCCCUAUACCAAUAAAGGGGACUAUUUUCCUCAACAAAGCUCUUUAAUCUUCUGUUAACUGUGUUUUUCACAUAAUGACCGCAACUUAUGUUAUAGCUCUGUUUUUUAAACAUUUGUCACGUGUCGGCUGCAAUGGAAAAAGCAUUUUCAUAUUGUGCAUUUAGUAUCUGUCAUUGGAAAGGCAGUGAUGGCCUAAUAGGUGCAACUCAGCUCUUAUUGGACUCAAGGGAAAAGCUCCCCUGACACUAAUGCAGCUAACCAAUGCCCCAGUGCAGGUUGUUCCAGUAGAAAAACAAUCCGUCAAGCAAUGAUCAUCUUUAAUACAUUUAAGAGAUUUCCUACAAUUGCUAUCAUAACUCAAAAAAUCAAUUGCAGAAACCAAAGCUGCUCUUAUUUAACUUUCUACCUUGUUACAGAAUGAUGGGAGAGCGCAAGGUUCUCCUAUAUUGUGACCUUCAUGGUCAUAGCAGAAAAGAGAAUGUCUUCAUGUAUGGCUGUGAAAAACGAGAUCAUCAAGAAGAAGGGGCAGGCUUACAUCAGCGCGUUUUCCCUCUCAUUAUGAGCAGACGUUGUCCCGAUAAAGUAAGCUGACAUUUAACAUUAAUAUGUAAGAAAUCAUUUCUUUCAGUACAUUAAAAAAUUGCUAAAUCACUUGACAGUUUCAAUGAUCUAAACAUUGUAAGAAGUUUGUGCUUUAAAAAUAAGGGAUUAUAUUGCGAUAGUUGUUAAACAUACUAGGAGUUUCCUUAGUGAGUCCCUUUAGGAGCGUGCACCAUGACAUGAAGUUAUUAUAUCAUGCAUUUCCUUCUGCCCCUGCCCUCUACCCCACAUCUGUAACAGCCUAUAAUGCACAGUGGGUAAGGGGACAUGAAUGACUUGACAACAUGACAUCACCAGUAAACCAAACUAUGUGUUGAGGAAGACUGUGGCACAGGGAGGCCAUUUCUGGGCACAGCUGUAUAGUUUUGGCCUCGUUGCAAAAGUGCAGUAGUAAUUCCACUUCUCUCUUUGUUAAGUUCUCGUUCCAAGAUUGCAAUUUCAAGAUACAAAAAGCUAGAGAAGGGACAGGUCGAAUAGUGAUGUGGAAGAUGGGCAUCAGCAACAGCUAUACCUUAGAAGUUACUUUCUGUGGGUCUAAACUGGGUAAGGCAAAUAUAGUUUUUCUCUAGAAUCUAUAUUUAAAGCAUUCAAAGACGUCUCAUGUCUUGUAGCUGCAGAUUUUUUAAGAGAUAAUGUGAGCUUAUUGUGUUUGACAGAUAAAUACUACAUAGGAAGACAUGUUGAAACGUUAAUGUUAUAGGUGUAUAUUAAAAUUGCAUUUGGCCCAAGAAAUAGUGGUUGGGGUACCAAAUGUAACAAUUACAGGGAGUAAAUGACUACAGAAGGGUGGGAUUUUGGCUAAUGAGUUUAAAACUGAGUUUAUGCUUACCUGAAAGUCAGUUAAGCUGUAUUUACAGUUUAACAGUGAUUCCGUCUUUGGGUAUUGUAGUUCUUUGAAGUUGGGUAGGUAGGAAUCUCUAACACAGAAUUCUCACACUUUCACAACUUUGAAGCUGUGGUUGUUGAACUGAUAUCAAAUAUUUAUCUACCUUAUACUGUAGAUGUGUCCUUGGUGAAGGAAUCAGACUAAGACUAUUUAACAAGAAAUAGCAAUCUUUUAUAUAGUUUUGUGUGGAAAUUAUUGGUGUUAAUUUGCAUCCUACUGUCAACCUUAGAUGGCAGAUAAACACUUUGGGAGAUGGUAGAAAAUAAUGGGGAAAAGUGUGAAUGUGAGGCAGACUAAUCUGCAAUGGAGCUAAGGCAGAAGUGUACUUGUUUGGUUUAUCUGUAGAUUGGGCUAUUUUAAAAAAGGUAGCUGAAGGUUAUAAUUGGAAAGCAAAGGGUAUAAUUGGAAAGGCAAAGGAAUGGAGGUUCUCAAAAGGAGCUAUGGGAAGAAGUUUUGGAAUAUGGAAUGUGAAAAGUCAUUUGAUGAUCUUUUGAAAGUAAAAGAUUUAAAAUAAAUAUAAAAUGUUUUGCUAACAAAAAAGUGUUAUUGGGUUGGUAGCAGUCCAAAUUAAAAUGUGGAAUUCCAUCAGUGGAAUUAAAAUAAUUGCUGAUGUUGAAUAGGACAAUUAUUUCUUCACUGGUGACUGGUUCCCCCCCCCCCCUUUUCCAGGCAGUAGACAUGGUACCCACUUUAGUACCAAGGAUCUAGAAUCCAUAGGACACCAUUUCUGUGGCUCACUGUUGGACUUCUGUAAUAAAAAGAAGAGUAAGGUAAUGCAAAUAAACAUUAUUUCUUGCAGCAAUAUCUGCAGCAAUUAUGUACUUAAAGGAAUACAGUCAAAGUAUUUAUUAUUAUUUGGAAGUAGUGAGGCAGUAAAUUUUAUUGUUAACAGUGUGUGUUUUUCCUUAGUAUAACGACUGCCUGAAUGAACUGGAGGAAAUGCUGAAAAAGGGUGAUCUAUCUGCCUUUGUCAAUGACAGAGAUUCUAGGUAAAAGGACCUCUCCUAACAAUUGUUUUAUUUCUAGCUUGUUAUUGAGGAAAUCAGUGCCAUGCUUUCCAGAUGUGUUUGCAGAGCAGAUACUUGAUUUGUUGUGCAGACAAAUUCUAGAAAUCCAUACUCUUGUAAAUGAAAAUAAACAUAAUUAUUUUUCUUUUACAGUUCUGACAGUUCAGACUCCAAUGAGGUUACCGUUAAACUAGAAGCCCAGGUACGAUAUACAUUAUCAUCAAAAAUUCAGCUUUAGUAAGAUUUUACUUGAAAUUAAUUUCCUUGACAUGUAAUAUAAUGAUAUACAGAACAGUAUACUGAUGUUUAGUUGCAAUGUGUCAAAAUAAUAUAGACACACCAAUUUUUUUAUUCAUAAGAAAUAUACUGGAAAACAAAAAGAAACAACUAGCAGUGCUUGAUUUAUAAUGUAGAACACAACUACUUUAUAAUAUCAACUUGAAUGGCAGAUUUAGAAUUCUUCAUACUAUCGGAAACACGCUUCUCAAUAUUAACUGACAUAUCAACUAUUCUUCUGUAAAUUGUAUCUUCAGACAAAGAAAUUUUCACAAUCAAGGCUCAGGCAGGCUUAAUUGAUUUUUCCUGCUGUUGUAUGUGGUUUUGUCUGUUGAGCAAUCCAUUCUGUCACUUGGUAAGAUAUACCAGUAAUUUGCAUCUUAUCUGAGACUUUUACUCAUUUUUUGAAAUAUGUUCACUGGUAUUUCUGCUGUUCCAAAAGCCUUUCAAAAUAUUGAACCUUCUUGUUCGCCAGAUUUCCUUGUUUUUACAGCAGACGUCUUGUCAUGUUGUUUAGGGCCAUGUUGGAAUUGGAAAGCUUCUCACCACAGAUCAAACACAUAGGCUGAGGGACGUUUUCAUCUCCAGCCCGUGUCAAACUGAGACUCAGAUAGAUAUCCACAUAUUGCUGACAAACGUGGAUCACUAGGAUUGUUUUCAGUAUCAUUUGAUGCACUUAUGCUCAUUUUGAAAAAAUGGAUAUCCAUAUUCUGCAAAUAAAAAAAAAAUUGAUACUGUACUACACUACACUGAAAUGUUUAACUAUUUCUUGGAUUGUCCUUGAAACUUUCCACCACACUUGCCAUCCUUUCCUGCCAGGAAGUCUUCUUCAACCAGACACAGCAGACCACAAUAUUGUUAUUGUGAGUAGCAAGUGGUGGCACCUAGUUUUGCUCUACUUGUCUCCCUGCACAGCAAGAUCAGUUCUGUCUUCUGAGAGGCCCAGCUCCCAUCAUCACUGAGGGAGGUGGGAUGAGGCAAGAAGCAGCUGGCUGGGCACAGGCCUUGCCUCCCUCUCCCAAGACUUAUAGCAUGCACUUCUUGUUAGUUGGGGACAUAUGAAAGGUGCAGAAUAGGUGGGGCUGGACAAGACAUACACACAAACUGUGAGUGAUAAAUCAGUAAUCAAACGUGGAGAACAUAUGCUCAAAGAGGGAAAGAUGUCAUGCUAAAAAGUUGUUUCAUUUAGGGGGAAACUAAGCAUUUCAAGAAAUAUUACUUUGGUGCUACUGACAAAAAUAGAAACCCCAAAAUAAUAGUCUUCAUCUCUAUCAAUAACAUCUGAUACAAUUUACCCCAUCCCUUGGCUGACAUUGUUACACGGUGUUUCCACCCCAGUCCAGUCACUGGGUGCACUGGGCUCCAGCCAUUGAUGUGGAGGAGAGUGAGGAGAUGCACAUUAUAUUUUCAGGAAAUCCAGAUGAAUUGUGUUAGAUUUUAUUGAGGAGGAUUUGGGAUGUGAAAUGGGGACAUGUCUGCCAUUUAGUUGUUCACCAUCUAGUUGACACAACAUCUAGUUGUUCCCUUAAAUCCUUUUGAGUUACUAAGAUAUAAGAAUAAAAUUUAAAGGUUAAAUAAAGGGGGGGAAAUAAUGUAGAUAACUGUAAUCCUAUUAAACCCAGAUAUACAUUUUAAUUUAUUUGUUUGUUUGUUUUGCUUGUUAGGCAAAACCAAGAAAGAAGUAUCUGAAAACCAAGAAAGAAAGGAGUGCCUUUCUGGUGUCAUCAGGAAGAAGGUUUUCUAAACAACCCCAUGAAUCAAUUGUAAAGCAGUAUUAUUAUUAUUAUUAUUAUUAUUAUUAUUAUUAUUAUCAUCAUCACUAGGUAUUAAUGAGAUUAGUAGGGUUGCCAUAUUUUGAAGAGCAAAGAAGAGGACACACACACGCCUCCUUGAUUUAUUUGUUACUUCCCAUGCCAGUGGCCCUUAUGCACAGCCAGUGGCCCUUACGCUUUGUGACCCCCAACACUCCCCCUGCCCACCUACAAGGGGCCACAGUCUAUUGUUAUUGUGCAUCACAACCCAAGCAAAGCAGUCAGAGGUUCCUCAAACUCUUCUCCUCAACCCAUAUACCCAACACCCUCCUCCUGGGUCUCGCCCAGGCAUCUGUCAGAGGAGGAGAGCCAGCAGGGAGAGAAUUGGCAGCACAUGGCAUCUCGUGCACCUCCUUCACUGCUGCUGCUGCUGUCUCUCUCUCUCUCCCUCUCUCUCGUCCUCUCCUCACAAACCCAGUUCCCACCUCAGCACUGCCCACCAAUGGCCGGGGUGUGAGGGAGGGAGGAGGCCUGGCUGGCCAAGUCCUCUUUCCACCCUGACCAACCCUGUUGGAAAAGGCCAGGAAUGCCAUGCAUUAGAUGGACCAUGUCCAUCUAAACAAAACAAAAAACAAAACAAAAACCUCGGCCAUUUUGCUUAAUUUUAAGAAUCCUCCCAGACAGACAUUUUAAGCCUGAAAAAUAGGACAUAUCUCGGAAAAUCCAGACGUAUAGCAACCUUAAGUAUUUCUAUAUGAUGUAUAACACUGACAGAAAAUCAGAAGAAUAAGCACUGUGCGAUUUAUUGUUUAAGAAUAUAUUGUUGGCCUGGCAAAUGCACCAAUGUCAUGAAGAUAAACCAGGAUUUUGUCACCUAAGAAUUGUUACUUGACCUUCAGGAUUCUAUCAUAAGAUCAGGAACACACUUUAUUCUUCACUUCUUAGAUCCAUCACAAUAAAGUUAUAUACUGAACUAGGAAGAUCCAGUACUUAUUUGAGCAGACUGGUGCAGUUCAGAAAAGGUGUCUUCAGUACUUUCUUUUGUGGAAAUAGAAGGAAAGUGCAUCUUGAAAAUUCCUGAAAUAUUAUGAGAGUAUUUUGUUUACUUUUGCAUCCUUUUAAGUAUAAUGGUUUCUCUUAUAAAUACAGUAAUACCUUUCUUCCUGUUUAGAGUGAAACCAAAAAAUCAGAAGAAUCUUCUCACAGAAUUUCCAAGAGCCAUGAACAAAUUAUAAAAAGUGUAAGGAUUUCUAUAUAUUGUGAAAGAUCUGUUGUCCUUUUGUGAACAGAAUAGGAUUAUACAGUAUACAGCACAAUAGUUAACUGACAGCAAACAUUCGUUAGUCAAAUCUCCUGCUUAUAUGAAUUCUCAGGUAUACUCAUAUGAAUACAGUGGUACCUCUGGUUACAUACGCUUCAGGUUACAUACGCUUCAGGUUACAGACUCCGCUAAUCCAGAAAUAGUGCUUCAGGUUAAGAACUUUGCUUCAGGAUGAGAACAAAAAUUGUGUUCCGGCGGCGCGGCAGCAGCAGGAGGCCCCAUUAGCUAAAGUGGUGCUUCAGGUUAAGAACAGUUUCAGGUUAAGUACAGUUUCAGGUUAAGUACUUAACCCGAGGUACCACUGUAUAUUUGAAAUGUUUGAUAUUUUUAGUAGCUGUUUAUAAUUGCUCUUUUCCUCAAGUAUUCAGACAAGUGAAAGUUUAUACUUGAUAAGUAUAAACUUCUUUUUUUCUUUUUUUAAAGCCUUUUUGCAGUACUGUUACAGUUACUACUAAUAACUGUGAAAUACAGUUAUUCACCAAAUCAGCAAGGGAGAUACUAAUGUGUAUUAGUAUCAUUAAGGAUGUAGUUGUACAUCUCUUUCAUGUUUCUGAGCUGGGCCCAUUGAACAGCUUUUUUUUGAAGAGAUCGUCUUUUGAAGAGAGAGCUUUACCGGGGGCAGGGGGCAGGCUUCUGCUGGGGGAAGGCAGAACCUCAGUUAAUUGAGUACUUUCAAUGCUUUUCAAUAAUUUUUGUGGCCCCCCCAAUGGCUAUGCCCAUGCCAUGGUAUUAUUUUAGUUCUUCCCAUGUAAGUGAAGUGACUGGUAAGUAGUACAUGUUUCUCUUUCUCCACAGACCCAGGUUUUUCAGAAACUGAAACCAAUGGAGCUGCAAAACAUACGAAAGGAAAAAUAUGAAAUUACCAAGCAGACUGUAGAACCUUUGUCCAGAACACCCAAUGCUAAAAAGGUUUGGCUGGCCCAUUAAUAGAAUAAUUUUCCAGAUAAUCAGAAAAUGCAUAUAGCUUUAUGUUAGUGACAACCAAAAGCAGAGUUUGACUUUGACAUUAGGAAAAGCUAAAAGGAUGCUGUGUCCUGUUGUUAAAGAGAUAUCUGACAAUGUAACAUUACCGCUUAAAAUAAAUAAAUAAAUUGCAAAGCACACAUAUUAUUUAAUUCCUGAAAUAGAACAGCAUUGUGGAACCCGCUCUAGUUAAAAGAAUCAUAGUUCCUUUAACUUUGUACAACAGUGCUUGGACAGCAGACUGUAAGGUCACCUGCUGUUUCUUUUAUCUCCUAGAAGUUGUUAACACCGAAGGUCCUCUACCUUUGUUUUAAGACUUUCAGUAAAAGUGAUUAAAAAAAGCUUUGUAGCUUUAUUCAGAACAAUCAAUUAAAUACACUGAGUAAUUAUUUCAUUAACUUUUAGCAGGCAGAUAUUCUGUUUUACAGAAAUGUAUUUUAAAGUAUGGUCCAGUUUAAAAGAAAGGGAUAUAAUUAUAUCUCAGUUCCCUGAAGAGCCUUUAGUUUCAGCGCAACAGGCAGUUUAAUCAUGCUUUUCUUCAUUUGUAAUUAUCAUAACAUGCUCUGUGGCCCUUAGCUUCCCAUAUGCAGAAAGAGAAAGGAUGAUGUGUCUUUAAACAAGCAGUUCUUACGAGAUUAUGACUACAGAUUCAGAGUAUUCUAAUUUGGAAGAAUCUGCUCAUUCCAGGGGUUAGUGGCUCAAAAUUAAGAGCCAGGGUAGACAUUACAUACAGGAAAAAAUAAAAACAAUACUCAUAAAUCCCAGAUUGGAAUCCAUUAGUAAUUCAUUUCAAAUUGGUUACACGGACCAUCUGAAAGUAACCCAAAGCAAAAUGGUGAGUGAUUCAGAUAAAACCAGAAAAUAUCAGGGAUCGUGAAGGAAAAGAAACUAAGAGAACUUGCUCUGUCAACCCACUAUGCGUGCCUAUUAAGCCCUCUAUGGAUUAGUUUAAUAUGGUUUGAACAUCUUUUCAUUGAACAAAAAUAUUCCACAACAACCCAAAUCUAGAACUUGCUACAGGGACAGAAGCUCCAUAAAACAGCAAAUGUUUAAGAACAAGUGAACAAAGCUGUUAAUUUACUGCUGAGAGACUUGGAAGGUCCUUUCCUGUGACCCCUGUUUCAGGGGGUGAGAGAACUUAUGCAGAGUACCUGAUAGCUGCAAUCCACACACAGCACAACAUUAAUAUCAGCCAACAUUAAUAUCGCAUGCAUCCAGAUGACUGAUGAGACUAUUAUGUGACUAGCACAAAUAACACAGGUUUUUGUUAUAAGCUUGCUUGCAUCACUGCAGGAGUGUCUCCAGACAAAAUGUUUCUGCCUUUCUAGGAAUGCUCUGAGCACUUUUGGGAAUGCGCUAAGGAGGAAAAUGGGAAGCUGCCAUACAGCGGUUGGGUCGGCACCAACACCUCCUUCCACUCCAGUCUGAAAGGAAGACGGAGGAGACAUUUUGAGGUAGCAGAAAUGGUGUUGCAUGGAAUGACCCAUUACUGACUCUGCAGUUGCAAAUUACGGCUAGCAAAUUGUCAUGCAGAGUCCUUAUAAUGCUUGCUUGCUCUCUCAACCUUAUUUCCAUAUUUGCAUUACAGCGAUAUUUGCUUUGCUCAGUUUAUAUUUUGAAGAGCUGUUCCCAGUUGUGUGCUUAAUAUUAGGAGCCUUGAUGGAUCAUUAGCCUGAUGCUGCAAAGGAACUCCUCGUAUCUAUAGAGCAGUGAUCUAGAAAGGGCUGGAGCUAUUUUAUUAGGAAACCUCUACUUUAGGAAAGUGAUGGCUAACCUGUGGCUCCAGUAUAUUGUUGGACUCCACCUUCAUAAAUCCUAGUCAGUGUGGCCAGUAGUGAGGGAUGAUGGGAGUUGUAGUCCAGCAGCAUCUGGAGGCCAAAGGUUAGCAACCCUGGUUUAGUCAAAACAGAUGCAUGAGUAAAUUUUGCUCUUGGACUAUGAUAUUAUUCAGUAAGACUGUAUGGUAUAAUGUUACCAUUUUGACUUGUUAAUGGUGGCUGGCUAAAAAUAAAAACAAAUGCAUUCAAUAGGGUUUUCACAUCAUUAUCUGACCACACAUUCUAUGUGGAUAUUGCUUAGAAACAUUGUGUCAGGGAAUGUCAGCUAUAUGGGGAAUGUCUUUUCUGUAAGCUCCAGCCAUUCAGUAAGCCAGAGUUGACCACAUUCCUGCCAGUGUCACAGUGUAUACACCUUAAAGGUGGAUUAUACAAAUACUCUGAACUCUUUCCUCCCCCCCUUCUGUUUCUUAAAAGGGUGCUGCUUUCCUUUUUGAUAUUGCAAUUGCAAUACUGCAUGGGUUGUCAGCAUGUCACAACACAAGCAGGACAGCUAGCAGGUAUCUGUGGCAUUUGGACAGAGGCAGGAAGGCACACAUUUCAGGUUAGGACAUAGUCUCAGGUGUUUCCGCUUGCCUCCCUUUCCUAUGCUGUGCUGCUGUUUGCUUCCCAGACCAAAGCCAAACUACAUCAGAGACACUAAGCAGAGGUUACACUAGAAUGGUACUAUCCCAUACUUCACUGCUAUGAUGUUUACGUGGCGUCCAUUUUGAACAUUUCCUCCUGUGCUUUGAAACUCCAGCUAACAGUUUGACAAGAAAAUGGUUAGCAAUCAAAUAUUAUACAGUUUUUUUAGCUGGAGUGAUAGUUUCUAAAGAAGAGGAAAGCUUUCUUAGUAAGUAAAAAGGCAGGGUACAUUUUUUUAAAAAAAUAAGUAAUUACAUCCAAGGGAUGAUAAAAUAAGCCUUAAAGGCUGAAGAACUACUUUAGACAUUGCAUACACCAAAAUCUCGCAAGCACACAGAUCCUAUACUUUUCGGGUAUAAAGGCUAAUUUGUUCAUUUGGGGCAAGGAUAUGCUUGCAUAACAAAACUUCCCCACCCACCCUAUCUUGUGUGUCCUGCAUUAUCCUCAAUUCUGCUCCAGAGGAUUGGGGGAAACCUCAGCACAGGGGGAGGAGAGGGACGGAAGUGCCACAGCACAAGCUUAUGCUGACAGAACAAGUUAAUUAGUGCUGCAUUGGAUAUAACUCUACAGUUCAGUGCUUCUUUACAACAAACUAAUUUCAGGCUUCGGGUGGGAAGUUUAAUAACAAUGCAUUUGCCUCCUUUUACUCUUGCAGUCAAAAGCCUUAGCAGGGAUUCAUAAACUCCUCAGAGAAACUAACUCAAUUGUAGAAGGUAAACUUCAUGAAAUGUCAUUUGAUUCUCAAACAGGUAAGAGAUAACAUGGGCAAAACAGUUCUAUGAACAUGUGAACCUUUUCGUUUGAAAAAUUAAUAUAGGUAUUUACAAAGUUGUAAGAAAAGAAUUAAUUUGUUUUAGCCAUAGUCAUCAUCAGUGCAGAUACAGCGUCAUGCCAUUAAAGCAAUCCAUGAAAGGGAAAGAGGAAUUCAUGCACUGAGUAUCUGUGAGGCCAUGGCAUGCUUCUAGAACAUUGCAUCUACACUGGACAAUAGAAUGGUGGCAUGCAGAUAGCAGCCUCUGCUUUUUGUUCCCUAUUCAGUCCAAUGUACAGAACAAUUACAGCAAAAGAACUGGGAUUUAAUAGCAACUAACAUUGCAUUUCUCAUAUCUUUUAUGGGGAGCUUUUCUCACACUAUAUGAAAAGCAUUUUCUCCCAUUUGAUUUGAUUUGAUUUUCUCCCAGUUUUCUAGAAAUUGGAGUGUGCUUUAUAUUCCCUAAAUAUUUAGAAUACUCUAACUGGAUACUUUCUAAACUUCCAAUUCUGUGUGUUAGCAUGAAAUUAGAAACACAGAAAGCAUUUGGGGGUAGGGGAAGGUACCAUGUUGCAGAAGAUUUGCACAUCCUUGGAUUGUGCUGUUCCUUCACCUCCCCUCCUUCCCUUUAAUUCCUCCAGCCUUCCAAAUGGUCUGCUGGGAAAUAAGCAUACUGCACAUAGGUGUAUGGGAGAUACUGGGUGCUCUGAAUCAGUACAUGAAUGAUCUCAGAAACUCUAGGUUGCCAUGCCCUAAACUUUACAGCUUGGUUUAUCCUGUUAUCUGAUACAUGUUUAUGUUGGCUUUUUGCAGUUUAGUAGCGCUGCAGAGAGCUUGCUGGGGAGACCAUGCAUUAAAAAGGGACUCAAAAAUAACUUAAACAAGGUUUUAAUAAGAAAAACAAAAACUCCUUAUACACUAAAUACAUCAACAACAAACCAGACCCAACCACCAACCCAUCCCCCAGGGUAAUGGGAGAGCUAGGUGCUGCUCCUUAUAUACUACACCCAAUUGCCAACACAGCUUAAUCAAUACAACUCAGCAGCACCUGCUAUGUUUCACAGCUGCAAGACUGGGUCUUGUUAUCUUGCUCUGGCCCCUUAAAGACAUACACAUCGGGUGGAACAAUGAUGAACCUUUACAUAUAAAGAAACCAUUCAACAGUUUAUAUGUACAUAUCACCUUCUCAAUCUACUUAAUGCAUUUGAUAGUAGACUGAUAUGAAAAGUCAGCCAACAAGAAAACAGAAGGAUCUCAGUCUUUCUCAGACAGUCAUUGGAGGAGGUUGUCUGUAGCAUAGGAUAUUUCCAGAUCAUGUAGUACCAUACCAUUUAUUCAAUACGGCAGCAGGACAAAGACUUAGGCUCAUGAAACAAUGUUUUUCUUAAAUGUUUCUUGGUUGUUAAAUUUUAGUGAAUAUUACCAAACUGUAUAAUUCUUUAUAACAAGAUAUAAUGCUCUGGGAAAGCAACUAACAUUUUUCAUGUGUUUCCAUAUUUUCUAAUCCUUUCUUGAUAACCUAUACAUUUCCUAGGACUUGUAUACAGUGCUGAUACAGUACUGAAUAUGUAGCAACAUUUUCAUUUGGCUGUUUGGUUCUUUGCCUCCCACCAUUCCCCAGAGAAUAGAUUUCCUAGACAUUCUUUGGAAUGCCUUGUUUUUGUACUUUGCCCGUAAAUAGGCAUGCAUGCAUCUAAGGACAUCUAAAGACAUGUAUCCAAUUAAGUUGACUCUAGUCCACAAAAGCUCCUUCAGUAAUAUUUUGUUUAGCCUUUUAAGUUGUCACAAAACUCUUUCUCCCUUUUUUAUAAAAGUUAAAUGUGUAUUCUUUCUGAGAUUCAUUUUAUGAUCAAUUCAUGACAGUUGUGGCCAUCUUUCAGAUUCUAUGCCAGAUGAACGAAAUAAAUAUACAGUUCAGUACGUCAGUCAUUACUUUCCUGAACAAGGAUUAAGUAAGUUACUCAUAUUUUUAAUUCAUAUAAUCUUGUGUCUAGACACAGCUUCUACUGUAUGUGCAAUUAUAAGCAAUACAAUGAAAGCCAUGUAUUGCAUAAUGUAGAGAUUUUACAGCCUGAUCCUAUGCAUGUUCACUCACAGUUUCCACUAAGUUCAAUAGGGCUUGCUUUCAGGGUAGAGUGCAUUGGAAGACAGUUUUAGAGCAUAGAGAAUGAGCUAAUGGAGAUGUACACCAGAAGCAUAAAUUCAUGCAAGCAAGAAUAAACUCAAAAAAAUUAUAUUUUGUCCUGCCCUUUAAAAUAAUACUCUGUGUCUGGUUCCGGCCUUUGUUUCCUACAGAUAUUGGCUGGGACCUAGCCCAACCUUUGAAGCAGAUCAUUUCACAGAGACUUUUUCUGCCUCCUGCCAUCCUUGAACAGAUGUGCAACACACCAAGAAGACACCAAGGUGCACUCUCGGGUUGCAAACUUCCUAGGGUGGAAAAUAUGAGAAAAGAAGCAAAGAUUCCACGAAGAAGUAAGUCAACUGAGUACUUGGGGAUAUACUGUGGUCUAAACCACUGAGCCUUUUGGGCUUGCCGAUCAGAAGGUUGGCAGUUCAAAUCCUAAACAGGGUGAGCUCCUGUUGCUCGGUCCCUGCUCCUGCCAACCUAGCAGUUCAAAAGCACGCUCCAGCGGGAAGGUAAAUGGCGUUUCCGUGUGCUCUGGCUUCCGUCACAGUGUUCCGUUGUGCCAGAAGCGGUUUAGUCAUGCUGGCCAUAUGACCCGGAAAGCUGUCUGUGGACAAAUGUCGGCUCCCUCAGCCUGAAAGCGAGAUGAGCGCCGCAACCCCAUAGUCACCUUUGACUGGACUUAACCGUCCAGGGGUCCUUUACCUUUUUUACUGCAUGUAGUAGCACUACAGUUCUUUCUAUGAAAGCCCAUGGCACAUUUUGGGGGGAGGUGCUGUGCAUUUGGCUCCUCACACCACCCUGUUGGCCCUGUGCCACUGGGAUCUGAUCUGAAUGAUUUGCUGUGCGUAAGGAAACUUUACAGAGGGGGAAAGGUUAUUUCAUAUAAAGGAAGCAUUUCCUGAAACAUUUUCAGUAGCAUAUUAUUUUUCUUUUCUACUUACAGCCUCUCUCAUACAUGUGGAGAGUCAUCCUAGGUAGGAAAACUUACUAUUUGUUAUCAGCAAUCUUCCAUGUGGAUUUCUCAGUCACAUUCUUUAUAUCUUUAUGAUUUGGGUUUGGAAAGAGUGUAACAUCCUUCUUGUUUUUAGAUUUCUAAAAAACUGUAUUAUUCAGACGGGCCAACCAGCUCUUAUUGAUGUGCUUAAUGCUUUUAUUGGAUGAUGAUGAUGAAAAAUUAUAUACAGUGGUACCUUGGUUUUCUAACAUCUCUGUUGACGAACAUUUCGGUUUUCGAAUGCCAUAAACCUGGAAGUAAAUGCUUCAGUUUUCGAACACGCCUCGGCAGUCGAACAUGCCACGCGGCUUCCGCUGAGUGCAAGAUCCUGAGGCCUAGCUGUCGGCUGUUGAGUUUUCAAACGUUCCAGAACUCGAACCAUAUCUUCCGGAACAGAUUACAUUCAAAAACCGAGGUACCACUAUACCAUCCUUUAUCAAAAUAUCCCAGGGUGAUGUACAACAUUUAAAAAAGAUUACAGAACAUCAAUGAUAAAAGCAUAAUAAAAAACAGUCUGACAGACAACCUAAUAAUAAAAUAGUCAAUUUAAAUGCUACCUUUUUGUGCAUUCUUUCAAAAAAAAAUUGCACAAAACAGGGUGGAAUGGAUUUAAGAUGAAUGAGUGCCAAAAGAACAGGUUUAGGUUAAUCUGUCUAUCCCUAAUUAGAAGAGUUGAACGCAAUGGCAUUUUGAAAUGCUUAACUUGGGAUGGAUUGUGCCCUGCAUCAUGGCACCAGUGCGCUAUGUCUUAAAAUGACAAACUAAAGCUUAAACUAAGACACUGUAUUUUAUUUUUAUUUGUGAAUGCUAAAUUGUAUAGCAAUUAUUUAUUAAACAAGCAUUUACGGUAUAUAUCAUCUUGGAUUUUAUACUGCAAUUGCUACUUCAUUUGAUGUAUUUAUUUUAUUUUAUUCUGUGGCCUUAAUCUGUUUCAGCUCUCUGGUUCUCCAAGCAACUGGAGAAAAUAACACUGAAAGGGGUUGUGUCACAUUGGAGUUAGGAGAAAAAGAAGUACAAAACAUGGCCCUGGCUCAAGAAACACAUUUUAAAUCUUUACACAACAAAGCUACAACUUGGCGAUUAGAGAAGUGUCGACCUGGAAGAGCCACUAGUUGCAGAGAGAAAACAUCUUUACAAGCGAAAGGUUUCUUUCCCCCCUUCGUCAUUGAAAUUAUUAGCAAAAGACUCAAGUACAGUGUUACCUUGGGUUAAGAACUGAAUUCAUUCUGGAGGUCCGUGCUUAACCUGAAACUGUUCUUAACCUGAGGUGCCACUUUAACUAAUGGGGCCUCCCUCUGCCGCCGCAGCACAAUUUCUGUUCUCAUCCUGAAGCAAAGUUCUUAACCCGAGAUACUAUUUCUGGGUUAGCGGAGUCUGUAACCUGAAGUGUCUGUAACCUGAAGCAUCUGUAACCCGAGGUACCACUGUACACUAGUAUAGAUGGUGCAGCAUGUCAUCAAAAUUCCCAUAAUGGUCCCCUGUUCUACUCCUCUGCUAUAUUUAUUUCUAUAUCUCCUCUAAUGUAUUAAUGAAUGUUGGGGCUAAGCCCCGAGAGUUGUAACUCAAAUUGAUCUCUGGAACAAGUAAUAAUUUACAGGAGUUUUUUGUUUGUUUUUGAUCCCAGAUCUUCUUGACAACCUGAAACACAAUUUAGAUGACAAAGAAAGGAAAAUAAAGGAGAAAUCACCAGCAAGCAAUGUUAAACUUGACAGAAACAAUGGAGGAAACCAUGAAGGAAGUUUUAGACUCAGUGAGCCCUCUCAUACACAAGAUUUUCUACAACUCUCCUUACCUUUGGUGUCAGAAGGAAAGUAUAGGCAAGUCACUGAAAAAUACCAGAGGAAUGAACAGCAACCUAAGUUGUCCUUAGGUCGGCCCCGGUAAGUGGACAAGACUGCCUGUUUCAUGCAACAUUCAGUGCGUCUGCUCUGACAAGAUGCUUUAGCAUUAAACUGUAUUGUAGCUUGUAGUCCCUGAAGACAGAAUGCUAUGCGAAGGAAGAAUCUGAUGCCAAUAGGGACACGGGUGGCGCUGUGGGUAAAACCUCAGCGCCUAGGACUUGCCGAUCGUCAGUUGCUCCCGUUGCUCGGUCCCAGCGCCUGCCAACCUAGCAGUUCGAAAGCACCCUCGGGUGCAAGUAGAUAAAUAGGGACCGCUUACUAGCGGGAAGGUAAACGGCGUUUCCGUGUGCUGUGCUGGCUCGCCAGAUGCAGCUUGUCACGCUGGCCACGUGACCCGGAAGUGUCUUUGGACAGCGCUGGCCCCCGGCCUCUUAAGCGAGAUGGGCGCACAACCCCAGAGUCGGACACGACUGGCCCGUACGGGCAGGGGUACCUUUACCUUUACCUAGCUUGUGGUCCCUGAAGACAGAAUGCUAUGCGAAGGAAGAAUCUGAUGCCAAUAUUGCACCUGAAACAGUGUAACCUGCACUGUCCAUGCUGCUUCCACAAUUGCUACUCUUCAUCAUUCACAGGCAUCUUCUACACACUGGGGGAAACCAAUGUACCAAGAGAGCAUAAACUCUUCCAUGCCAAUAUGCCCCUAGAAUUCAUGUUGCCACUCAGUGGGACCCCAUACUCUCUGGGUGGAGUUAUUUCAGUCUCCCAAUAGCAUACAUGACUAUUCUAUGAAAUCAAGUUUAUGCAAAUAAGAGUUUGGAUUUUCUGUUCCAAUGCUUAAGAAGCCCCUUGAUACAGAUGGUCAGUGGGCUGGUUCAUACAUUGCACUUAGACAUAGUUUGUUUUAAACCAUGGCUUAAUCAUGAAUGUGCCUUCUAUGCCUCCCUGCAAAUGUAGCUUUUCCCACCCUGAGGGUGCUGUUCAUGGCACAAACAAACCAUAGUAUGGGUUGCAGUAUUGUGCAAACCUAGAUCAUUUUUUUUCUUUUAUUUUUUUAAAAAACACACAAGUUUUCCUCAAACUAACUCUGAGUGGUUGUUGUUGUUAUUACAUAUAUUAGUCACAUUUCUUUGCCAUGGCAACUCAAAGUGACUUACAAAAUGACAAAAAACCCAAAGACAACAACCCACAUAUAUACAUUAAAACCAAAGAGAAAGAAUACAUUAAAAUAUCCAACCCACUCUAAAAAGCAAUAGAUAGUUAAGAGCCAAAUGCCUGGUUAAAAAGGAAUGCUUCUACAUGGCAUCUGAAGGUAUGUAAUGACAGUGCCAGAUGAGCCCCCAUUUCACAAAUGGGGAGCCACCAUCGAAAAGGCCUGUUCUUGUAUUGCCCGUCUCCUGAUCUUCCAUGGAGGGGCACACAAAGAAGGACCUCAGAUGGUGACCACAGUCUCUGGGAGACUCAUACAGGGAGAUACAUUCCUUGAGCUAUUGGGAGUCCUGUGUUACAGAAGGCAUUAAAGGUCAAAACCAGAAAUUUAAAUUGGGAUCAUAAAUCAGUUGAUAGCCAGUGCAGUCAGGCCAGGAUUGGUGUUAUGUGCUCAGACCACUUGCCCCAGUGAGCAGCCUGGCUGCUGAAUUCUGCACUAGCUGAAGUUUCUGAAUCAUCUUCAAAGGCACCCCCACAUCUCACUCCUAGAGGUUACCAGUGCUUAGACAACAGAAGUUAGGUUAUUCCUAUCCAGAUAUGGGCAUAGCUGGGCCACCAGCUGAUAGGUGCUCUGCACUACAGAGGACACCUGAGCUUCAAGUGAUGGCAAUGAAUCCAGAAGUUUCCCCAGGUUACAUGCCAGCACCUUCUAGGGUAAUGUAACCCCAUCAAGAGCAGGUCACUUCCCAUCUAUCCAGUACAUAAGCAAGGCAAGACAUUGGUCCAGGACAUCCACUGCACACCUGCAGAUGUAAAGGAGUAGCAGAGCUGUGUGUCCUCAGCAUAUUGCUGACAAUGUAUUCCAAAACUCCAGAAAUUGGGCCUAGUACAGGUGUUCCCCCUUUACCCCACCUUUUGGCAACACUGGGGCUUUAUAAAUGAGUAUUUAAAUAUAGGCAGUGGUGGGUUACCUUACAAGAAGGCACAGAAAAGGCAAGGCAGUGGUGGUUCAAGAAACACUUUGGUGGCGGUACAUUUAGAUUAGGUUUUUAUAAAGAUUAUAUUAGCCCAGUAGGACCCCACAUUCUGGAUUGACUAAAGCAAGGUAGGAAUAACAGGAGACCAUGCCAGGAAGAUGAAGGUUCAUAUUAGUCUUUAUAUGUGACUUUAGAGUGUUCAAAGCACGUCGCAUACCUUUUCUCUCAAGAUUACAGUAGCCCAGGCAACAAGUAACCACAGAUCUUAGCAGCAACAUCCUGAGGAGUUCCAUUCUCAUUUACUGGUGCUUGGAAACCAGGUGCCUUCUAAAUAGUUCUUUGAGAAGAAGCUGGCUUAUGAAGUAAAAUGUAAACAAUAAAUGGAGGCUGCCUGGUUGGGAUGACAAUUUAGUGGAUUUGUCCUUAUGAGGGGGACACUGAGACCAAUUUCCUUUGUUUAUCUGUGCAGACCUCGCUUGGCUACACUAAUGAAUACAAAAGGGACCCACAAGACACUUUUACUGAAACGCUGUGAGGAUGAUGAAGCAUCCACUUCUACAUCUCUACUGCACACUGGGCCAAAAAUGGCAGUAAAAAAGUUACUGUGCCAAAGUGAGAGCAAGUUUUUUUCAAAGAGACGCAAAAGUGAGUGCCUAAAUCACAGGCCUUCAAUGCAAGACCUUUCAGCAACAACUGAGAGAAUUUCCUUUCACGCUUAG